AUAUCAUGAGAGAGAUGUAGAUGAGAGCAAUUUUCCGAGACGCAGAGGAGAGCGAUGGAGAUACGCUGAAUAGAUUUCCAAUCGAUGUUUCUCAAACCUGGGAGAGCGACGGAGAGACGCGGAAGAGAUUUAUGAUCGGUGUUUUUCAAAUCUGGGAGAACGACAGAGAGACUUCCAACUCUCAUCUCAAGGAAGGUCCCAUAGCCGGAAUUAAGCAUGACCGAAAAAGUGUGUUCGGAUUCCUUGUUUCAGCAUCGCCAGGCAGCCAUGCUAUCCAUUUGUUGGUCUCCAGGCUGGAAACAAAGAGAAGAGUAGUCGAUUUUGGACAAUAAGAUUAAAGUCUCUUAAAUCCAAUUCAUUGCCUUCAUCAACCUCGGUGUUAUAAUUCUCCAUUGAUAGAGCUUCUUCGUGCCUUUAGUCGAUUUCUCCACUUUCAUGAUUAAUUUUUUUUAUUGUUUUUCAUUUUAGUAAUCCUUCUAGAAUUACAAUCAAUAAAUAAGGGCAGCGAUACAACGAUACUCUAUUUCAUUCUUUUCCAUUUGCUUUUAGAUUUCUCUAGAUGAAAAGCAUCCUGGAUGUUACCAUUCAUCCUGAAUGAAUAAAUGCGUAUCUCAAUCUAACAGGCUUAUUGUUUACUACCACAUAUAUCAGAUUAUUAUGAUGUUAGGUAUUGAUGCAAAGAAGCUAAUGCUUGCUCUAACUGUUGGUCACUGAUGACUGAUGAGAGUUUAUGAUGAAGUCUCUGGAGUCCAUUUGUAAACCUAUUAUCGGCACUUCCAACUUGCCAAGUGCCAACUUAAUGGGGAUCAAGGUCCAAAAAAACUCAAUCAGGUUCGUUAUGUUGUAUUACUUUGCUGAUAUUGCACAUCUAAAAGCAGUAACAUCAAAGUCUAUUGCCAUCUAUGUUAUUUAGAGGAGAUAAGGUCUAGCACCAAGUGGAGCCUUAGUUUUUUUAUGUUUGAUUAGGCAGUGUUAAUUUCUUUAACGAAAACAAAAGAGUGAGAUUAGGGAGUGCUUAUUUUUGAUUGUUUUGUUUUCCAAGUGCACUGGAUUGUGGUCAAUAGUGGAAUAUGGACUUAUGUGUUUGUAGAUUAAUU